GAAUGGUCUCGUUUUAAACUAAAGCAUCAGAAUUCAGCAGCGUGGUGUUCCAAAUGUUCGUGUUUUAACAUUGAUUUUUCCCCGAUUGCCAGUAAAAUGGAAGAGAAACCUCCGCCAAAAGACCAAUCUCUUGAUGAAGAUAUCGAUUUAAAUGAAGAUGACAUUGUUGAAGUUAUUGAAAUAACGGAUGAUGAUGGUUUGGAGGAAGGUGUAGAAGACAUGGGCCUAAACCAGAACUCGGAGGGUUAUUUGGAUGAUGGGGAAGAAGAGGACGAGAUUGAAAUGAAAGACGACUUUGAAAUCGAAGAUGAGUCAAAAAUUACCUUUCAAAAGCAUAAAGGAUCGGUUUUCUGUAUCGCAUUAAAUCCAGCCGAUCCAAAAAUGGCAGGUUCAGGUGCUGAGGAUGACAAAGCAUAUCUGUGGAAUACUGACAACUGUGAUGUAAUCAAAGAAAUUUCAGGACACAAAGAUUCUGUCACAUUUGUAGAGUUCAGUAAUAAUGGCAAAUAUUUGGCAACUGCAGAUAUGAGUGGUUGUGUACAAGUUUGGACAGUUGCAGAUGGGUCUUUAAAGUGGGGGUUUGAAUUUUCAGAUAUUGAGUGGAUGUCUUGGCAUCCUGUUGCCAUUGUCCUGUUUAUUGGCACUGUUGAUGGGGACAUAUAUAUGACUGUACCAAGUGGGGAUUGUAAAAUUCUAUCUGGAGGCGGGCAGAAGACAACUGCAGGCUGUGUUCUUCCAAAUGGAAAGCAACUGUUUGCUGGCUAUGAAAAUGGAACUCUCAUUUUAUGGGAUCUUAAAACAACAACUCAAGUGUUUUCACUUAAAGAUGAAUUUGGACAUAAGGAUAAUGUGAACUGUGUAUCAAGCUCUGCAAAUAGCUCACUGCUAGUUUCAGGGUCUUAUGACUCAACAAUUAAGGUGAUCAGUGCAUCAAAUGGGAAAGUGCUAUGUAGUUUUGAGGCCGGGUUUCCACAGAGCGGUGAAGAGUCAGAAAACAGCAGUGUGGAGUGUGUAGCAUUCUCAAGUGACACACAGUAUGUUUUAAGUGGAUCUCUGUCCGGAGUGUUAGGUAUUUGGGACAUCACGGCUCAAAGACUGAGACAUUCAUGUAAACAUCCACUUGGUGCUGGCAUAACAAGACUUUCAAUAGACCCAACUGUAUCAUUUCACAUAUUCACUGGUGCACUAGAUGGCGUUCUGAGGCUUUGGGAUAUUAGGUCUGGAGAAUGUCUCAGGCAAUGGUGUGGACAUGCUGAAGCAGUUCUUGAUUUAAAAAUUUCAAAAGAUGGAAGGACUUUACUUUCAUCAAGUGAUGAUGGAACAGCAAAAAUUUUUGAAGUUUAAUCAUAUCAUAAAGCUGUUUUAAUUGACAAGUAUUUUGGAUUUUAAUGUCAUCAGAAAUAGAUUCAACAAUGCCUUUGCAAGGUAAAUGUGAAUUGCUUUUGUUACAUCUCUAGGCUUGAUACACAAUGUAUUCAGAAUGUGUGCUAA